CAUUCUUCAGUUCAUUUCGGGCAUUCGUUACGAUAGGUUGAUGUGGUGUAGCUUUGUACUCGCGUAGGGAGAGGAGCUUCAGGAAGAGUCACAGUUCCAUGCAGAGCGGAGAGUGAGCGCGGAUUAUUGCCAAAAGUGUCCGAAUUUCUAGGUUCGAGACAGUGAUACAAACCCUCUGGAAGGAAGGAUCUUUGUUAUCAGUUGUGGUGUGGUGUGUAGUGGUGACCAGUUCCAGCAGUUGCAUGAGUUUAUAGCGGUGAGAGAGCAUUCAAAAGACGGUCAGGUUCAAAGAUCGUGGAAUUUGCAAUAAAUAAUUAUCGCACCAGUCGUGUUCGCGCUGGUAACUUUGAGACCGAAUCAUAUUCCGUCUAUGGGCAGUGAGCAAAAAUCCACCUCAGAGGAUGGGCAUCCAAUUCCGGCUGUAGCGGCCAUUUACUGACGGACGGACAACAAACAACGAGGCGGAGGUGUUGUAUUCAUUUUUCGCGAGUUUUUGACAGCUGCUGCAGGGAGGAAGAAAUAGCAAAACGAUUCGCGGCUAACGAGAGCAGCCAAAAUAGAGGGCGAGAGUGUAAUGAGUGUGUAAAAUCGUCGUCAGUGGAAAAGCGAUUGGGCGUCGGCAGGGCACAAAAAGAGCUGAAACAGGGAGAGUGGAGCCGACACAAAAGUAAAAUACAGUGGAAUAGAACAAAGGUGUGAGGAUGUGUUUGUGUUUGUAGCGAAUCGUCGCGCGAUAAGAAACGCGUCAAGUGUCUGUCCAGGUUUGUUUACAGUUUUUUUUUCGUGUGCCUCUGCUGCCUUUCGCGGAAAGUGACCACGGAGAGCGUUUUUUUUUUGCGUGUUGACUAGGCGGGACGAAGAGGGCGAUAAGAAGCGAUUAAGUGGAGCAUUUGUGGGGCGUAGCAAUUACUUUCUUCCAAGCAAAGUGUCACUGCUGCAGAGUGCGAUGAAAUAAGCCGCGUGUGAUGUUUAUUUUGAAAAGCAAUUCAAAUUAAAUAUAUGUUUUUGCUUUUCUAGCUGCCUGUGGCAAUAAAAGAACGAACCGAACCGUCAGCAGCUUACGGAUGAUCGUUCCUAAUUAGUUGUGACCUGUUUUUCGCGGAAUUAUGAGUAUUUUGUGAGCCAAAAAAAAAGUUAGAAGAAAUACUACAUCGAAUCCAAAAGUUCGUGAAGAAUGGUUUGCUCACGUGGAUUACAGUGUUACACGAAAAUGUCACUUUUCAACGCAGCUGUUUUGUGCGUUUUCGCAAUAUCUGUCUGCUGGCUGCCGGCGGAGUCCAAAGGAGUCGACCAGCAGGAACUGCUGAGCUGCGAACACGUCAGUCACUUCUUCUCGUCUAUCAACGUCACAAUCAAGCCGGAUAACAAAAAUCAAGGCAAUGUUUGUGGCGGGCCAUGCUGUGAUAAUCAAGUGGAGAGCCAGCUGGAGGUGAAAGCGACGAAAAACUUCGAGCGGCUGGUCAAGCACCACACCCGCAGUCAGAAGGGCCACUGGGAGCAGAUAGCGAAUCUCUAUCGAGAUUACCUGUUGCAGCUCUCGCACCAGUCGGAGAACAAAACGCUCAAUCUGUUCUCGACGGUUUACCGUAAGAUGUCACCACUAUCGCGGGAGCCGAUUCUGGAGUUGUACGAAACGAUCCGGAGUCAUCUAACGUCGGCCACCUUCACCGAUGACAUGGGUCUCAUCGCAGAUAAAUUCUUCCGGAAUCUGUUUCCGGUGGCAUAUCACCACGCAGUGGUUCUCGCCGACAAAGAUGUCGACUUUCACGUCGAUUACAAAAACUGCCUCAUCCACACCUACGAUGAGCUGAAACCAUUCGGGGAGAUACCACAGCAGCUUUCGGGCUCGCUGGUGGCCAGCGUUGGUGCGGCCAGUGUUCUGCUGCGGGUACUGCGGGAGGGUGCCCAGGUGCUGAACAAGUUGGACGAAUUGGGCACCGAGAAUCUGCAGAGUUCGUGCAAGGCUGCCCUGCUGAAGAUGAGUUACUGCGCGAGCUGCAAAAAGUACAACCACAAUCACGCGAAACCGUGCGCCGGGAUGUGUAAAAAUGUUAUGAGAGGCUGUUUGAUGCAGUACAUUGGCAUUCUAAACCAGGACUGGUACACCUUCACGGAAGCCGUGGUUCCGCUAAUAAACGUGGUGCGCUCUUCGGAGGGUAUCGAAGCCGAAAUCAAGAGUUUGGAGGGAAAACUGUCCAGCGCUAUCAUGCACGCGAUGGAAAACGGUCCCCAGCUGGAAGUGAAGGUCAAAAAGGCAUGCGGAACGCCUUCGCUGAUGCAGAACGACAAUCUGGCCGGCGGCUUGUACGAGAAACCGGCGCAAACGACCCUGCACAACAGCAAGUGGACCAUGGCGCCCAUCAACGAGAUGCUGCAGUUCGAGAUGACCAUGGACAAAAAUAAAGAUCUGUUCCUGCAACUGUCGUCAACGCUCUGUGACGAUGAAGACUACAGUACCAACGACGAGGACUGCUGGACCGGCACACACUACGGUGACUACACGCACGAGGUAGUGUCGACCGCGUCCCAGAAGUACAAUCCAGAGGUGCCAUAUGGCAGCACCACUGAACAGUUUCCACGCGACAGCCGGUUACAGAUGCUGGUCGACAAGCUGAUCAACUUGAAGAACGUGGCAACAAAAGCGGUUUCCAGCAACGCUUUCAGAAGUGACUCCGACAAGAUGCUAUCCGACAUGGCGGAAGGCUCGGGUGACCACUAUCGGGACUACGAUUCUACCGAGGAAGAAGAAUACGGGGAAAAUGGUUCCGGUUCGGGUGAAGGUCCAGGAUCUCGCCAGGGUUUCGAGAUCAUAAACGUCCAAACCGGAAGCAAUUUCACGCCGCCGGCUGGUGCUGGCCACUCCAAUCGAAUCUCCGCUUCCAACGUAAUGACGUUUGUAGCGAUCCUGUUGGCAGUGUUGUUGAGCGGCAGCAGCAGCAGCAGCAACAGCAGACAUUAAUCCAAAGCCGGGAAAGCGGAACGGAAGCGAAGCGUUUCAACGUAUUUUUCUUUCUUCUCAUCAUUGCUGCUACUUCAUUCAUAGGAUCCGCGAUGGAGGAGAGACCACACGCACAAGCCUUCAGCUGCAGCGCGAGUUUGUUUAGUAGUGCAUGUGGGAACUCGUAAAAGUCAAAUCGUAGAACUGUAAAAUUAUUAGUAAUACCUAGGAUAUACAAUCAAUCUAUUCAUAGCAAUGUAAAGCAAUUGUACAUUUGGCCGAACCAAAAGGGACAAAAACAGACAAAAGCCGCCUCGUUGGAUGGCCUGAGCUGGCCGGUCUAUCCGCGCGACGUUCGGUUCGACCGAAAUAUGUUGUUCCGCAAUCGUGUGCGUGUAUUGACUAGCAUUAGAAGCCAUAACUUCCUGAAUGAUUUCAUUUUGUUUAACCCUACCAGUUUCAUGUUUUACUGGAAUUAUUCAAACUAAAAAAGUAUACUGAAGCAAUCUAAGUUUUCGAUUUCCUAGCUUUUUAUCCCCUUCUGUGAGGUAAUGUAUGGAAGCGUAUAAAUUUUACCACGCAAAAAACGACUAAAAUCUCAUCUACCGUUUUGUGAAAGGACUAAACCGAGUUAUAUAUUUUUUACAUUUUAUUAUCAGCUCUUUAGAUUUACGAACAAGUAUCGCAUUCAGAACCAAGUCGCCAUAUUUAAUAAAAGAUACUACAUUUAGUUAGGUACGAUAAGGGCAGAGAGGAGGUAGAUGAAACAAUAUUGAAACGAAAGCUUGACAGUAGCAUAGCGCACAAAGGAUGCACUCCAUUCAGAUGUUUUCUUCGCAUUGUGCCCCUGAAAUAAAGUGCAAACCAUGUGUCAAGUGCGAAAAAAUAUAGUUUACUAACCUUGAAGAAAAAUCAAUAUAGUUACUUAGAGCAGGUAUCCUCUUCUCAACAGCAACGUAAACAAUACCGUAGCUAGAACUUUUUUAAUUGAUAAUAGAAAACAGUUUAAUUUUCCAAUGCUAGAGUGUGGAGUCAUGUGUAAAUAAUUAACAGUGUUAAUGGGAUAAAUCGAAAAUUUAAGGCUAGUUAACAGAACAAUGCGCGGGAAGAUUUGUGGGGAAGCAAAAAAGUUAGGAAUGUUGUUUCAAAACUACCAUCAGACACAGUUGUCGACGAUUAAAAAGUAUUAGGGUUUUCUUCCACUUAUUAAACGAGUCAAAGUACCGAAGAUAUUCUUUCGUUCAAAUCUACUCGACUAUUUCUACUUACCAAAAACGAAUCAAUUUUGUAUAUAAAAACUACUUUCAAAGGCAACUACACGGCAGCGUAAAAACAAAAAUUUUGUCGGAAGAAUGAAACCAAAUUAUUGUAAAUGAAAAGACCGUACAAGUGACAUACCGUAACAUGAAAAAACAACGUAGGAGAGAAACAAAAAUAACAAGCUCAAAACUCCCUCAACAAGCGAAUGUUUAUAAAUUAUCCACCAAAUUUCCAAAUCAACGCAGCAGCUUCAGGGCCCUAUGCGGAGUCCACCCCCGAACGAAGUUGUGUAUGAACAGGGCAGCUGACGCAGCGGGUCUAGUCGUGACCUAUACCACUACCGUGGAAAUUAUAACACAUAGAUACGGACCGUUCCCCCCGGCACAGGGGUCCAGGGUCCAGUAAAGAGUCUAGACUUAGUUACAAAUUAAACUCUCCCCGCUGUUUAGUCGAUAAGAAUGUUUCACACGAUGGUUUAUGUGCUUCAGUUCAAUAGUAGAUAAAUCGAAACCGGACGGAAUCGGAACGGAAUCAACCUUACGUGGGAUUCAAACAAACAAGCAAAUAAGCAAACAAAACAUGAAAUGAUGCGAGAGAAAAAAAACAACUAAAUAAUUGUGUUUGAACUAUCUGUGAUUGAGCUAAGGAAAGAGAAACAGUUAUUAGGGUGUAUGCUGGGAGCGUGGAAUCAAGGAAAGGUUGAACAAAAAAAAAGUUAAUAACAAUUCCCUCUGAGCAAAUCUCGGGAGCGAGAAAAGAGAAAGAAUAAUUUAUUGUUAUCCAACUGUUGUUUAGACGAAAAGAUAAACGAAUUGUUUUGUUCAUCGGAUACGAAGAGAACGCGUUGAAAGGUGCAUGCCCGAACGGCUUGGAGCUUCUUCCCUUUUUGCGAUCGUUGGGUGCCAAUUAUAGAGAGUGGGUCUGUUGCAUUCGGCUCCAGUGAUAAUUUUUAGGGUUAGGUGUUGAAUUUCCAAAUUUUCGUCUAGAUUUGACCACUGUGUGAGAGGCAGUCUUUCGCGCAAAGGAGGAAGAUGCCGGGGCAAGUACUGAAACCGUUCAAGAUCGUGUAUCACAAGAAAAAAACUCGUGUAACCCGUAAUUCGUUUCCCGACGUUGAAUUGUUUUACCUACACUUUAAUGGCAGCAUGAAGGAAUACUAAUAGUACGAAAAUCGUAUUUAUAAAAUAAAUACAGCAGAAAACAGGAAGAAUAUAUUUAAACAAAAAAAAACAACAGUGAAGAUCACUUAUAGGACGUUGUAUAAUAGUGACUAGGAAAAAAAAGAAAACAAGAAAUCAUUUCUGUAACAACAAAUUUAAGAAAAAGAGUUGUUUUUUGCUUAUGUUGAUGCGUAAAAUAGGUAGAUUUGAAUGAACCUAUGUAAAAAUGUGCGUAACGAAAAGAAAUAAUAAAUAUAUUAUUCAAAAUAAUUACCAGUAUUUUUCGGUAUAAUCAAA